GCUUGCAAUUGUGACCCCAACGGCUCUAAAUAUUCCUCAUGUGAUCCCGCAAAUGGUAACUGUAUCUGCAAAGCGCAUUAUGAAGGCAGAAGUUGUGAUGUUUGCAAGCCUGGCUACUGGAAAACCCUGAAAAAAGACUGUAUAAAAUGCCACUGCAACGAAAUCGGUUCAAUAGACAGCAUUUGCAAUCAGGAAACUGGACAGUGUAACUGCAGACCUGGAGUCACUGCCCAAAAUUGCGAUCAGUGCCUUCCCGAUUACUAUGGAACUGUAGAAACUGGAUGCAUACAAUGUGAACCCUGCUAUAGAAAAGGGCACGUGUGUGGUAAAGGUGGCAAAUGUCUGUGUCCACCCCUAUCCAUCGGCAAAGAAUGUGAACGUUGUGCUUUGAACUCGUGGGGCUACGAACCUUUGAUAGGCUGCAAGGCUUGUAAUUGCUCCCAAUCUGGCUCCAAUUCCUUACAAUGUGACAAAAUUUCUGGAAAUUGUUCGUGUAAACUCGGCUAUGAAGAUACUAGAUGCGACAGGUGUGCUUUUGGAUAUUACGGAUAUCCAAAUUGCAGAAAAUGUUUAUGUCAUUCUAUCGGUACUCUGGAGAGUGAAUGUCAAAAUGGGGAUUGUCAAUGCAACGAGAAUGGUAGCUGCAAUUGUAAGGAAAACGUCAAAGGUUCAAAAUGUAACAUUUGCAAAAAUGGCACUUUUGGACUUUCCAAGGAAAACCUAAAAGGAUGCAAACAAUGCUUUUGUUUCGGAAGAAGUAACCAAUGCGUGGAUACAAAGUAUAAUUGGGACAAAAUCCGUUAUGAAAAAUUGGACAAUACCAUUGAGAAUAAUGAACCAAUCAGUUCUGACACAAUCAGCCUCCCAAAACAAUUCAUGGGCGAUCUUACCACAUCGUACGAUGGUUACCUAAGUGUUAACGGUUCUGGAGGACGGUUUAGUGUCUUUUUAACGGGUAACGGCGUGUCGCUCAAAUCUGAUAUCAGCUCCAAUGAAUUGAGACUGAACGAAAAACACUGGAGAGUCACUUCUGGAAAUAUUCUACCAAGCUGUCAAAUUUCGUUAACCAGAGAGUGUCUUUUGUUAGCAUUGCAAAAAAUUACUUCUAUAGUUAUCCAGGGACAAGAUAUGGAAAUCUUUGAAGUUCUUUUGGAUUCAGCUAAACCGUACAUCCCUUAUAACCGCACAAGUCACUCGAUAGAAAAGUGCGACUGUACUCCAGAAUUUACAGGAUUGUCAUGUCAGGAUCCAAAUAACGGCUAUUAUCGAUAUUUCCCGACGGAAUACGAAGUCACUCAAACCCCAUGGAUUGAUAAUGUAAUCGGUAUCGCCAAACCGUGCGAUUGUAAUGGAAGAAGCCGCGAUUGUGAUCCAGACACUGGAUAUUGUCAGAAUUGCUCAAACAACACUGCUGGUUUCCAUUGUGAACUUUGUGAUACUGGAUUUUACCAAGAUUUCACUGGCAAUUGUCAACCAUGUUUGUGUCCCUCAGAGCAGGAAAACAAUGCGGAAAGUUGCGUUGCCAAGAAGCACGGAUUUAUUUGUCAUUGUAAAACUGGCUAUACGGGUACUAAAUGUGAACUGUGUCAAGACAGCUUCUAUCGAGACUCCACCAAUAAAUGUGUUCCAUGUAGUUGUAACUUUUAUGGUAGCUACUCGAGUGUGUGUGACAUCCAUGGAAUGUGCAAUUGCAAGCCCGGCUUUCACGGAGAUAAAUGCAGUCAAUGCAAAAAUCCGAGGGAAUUUAUUAAAGAAGGUUCUUGUACAGCGUGUGAUGAAUGUACACAAAUUUUAUUCCAAGAUAUUGAUCGAUUAACGAAAUCUUUGGAAGAUGUUCAAGAUUUGUUCAAAGAUGGUCUUAGUCCUCCAUGGAAAGUUCUAGAUGGGCUUAGGACGAAAUUCAAAAUGCUCCAUAAUAAUUUCACUUACACAUUUGAUGGAGCUAAUAAGUUAUUAAAAAAAGGCAAUAUUGAUGAAAUGGAAAAUUCCAUAUUUAAUAUGGUAAAUAAAGUUGAAGAAUUUGAAAAAGAUAUUGAUGGAGGUUUUAAUGAAAUUAUCAAGCAACAGAAAGAAAUCGAUAUUUUUCGUGAUGAACUAAAAAGGUUACAUGAAGAUAUAAAUGACCUGAUUGACAGAUUAAGAAAUUUUGGCAAAAAGCAUGUUGAUAUUGAAGCAGCUGUAGGACAAGCUAAUAGCCUUCUUAAAGAAAUUAGAGAAAAUAUCCAACGGAAAGUCUUAGAAAUGGAAAACUAUAGCAACCCAAUAUUUGAUUAUUGCAAAAAAAUCAGCAAAGAAGUUUAUAGUUAUUUUGAUGAGCCACUAGAACUACCAUUUGAUGAUUUGGAUAAAAUCAACGAAAAACUAGAGGAAAUUGACUUGAUAACUAGAGAAAUAGAAGACAAAGUUGCUGUGGCUGAAUUUCAGAAUGAUCAAAACAGAAUCAACACAAAAACAUUGAGUCUAAACAUCAAAAAUCUUGACAAUACCACUAAUACUAUAAAAAACAACAUUAAAGAAACAACUGAUAAAAUAAAAUUAAUAAAUCAGAAAUUGAAAGAAUUCAAAGAAACUGUCGAAAGUAUGGAAAAUUUCGAUUUCAGUGACUCGCAGGAUUUGGAAGAAAAAUUGUAUCAGUUUGAAGAAGACAGUCCUGAUUUGGAGGAUUUAGUGCGUAGGGCAUGUGAACACGUUACAAGACUACAGAAAAGCGUGAAUGAUAGAAUCGGAGCCCUAAACUUUACAGAAGAUGAAACUAGAAAAAUUAAAACCAGCAGAGCUUAUAAUGACAUUUUAGAUGGUAUAGCCGUAGCCAAAAAUACUGCAGCUGACACCAAAGGUAUAUUAGAAGACGCUCUAAAUAUCAUGUAUCCUAGUGAUUCUGAUAGGUUGAUUGAUAAAGCAAAUUUAGCUCAUAGUCAGUCUGAUCGAUUAAAAUACCGUAUCACUAAUAUGAAGAAUAUUUCAAACUAUUUUAACUUGAAAAAACGUGAUGUAGAAGAUUUCAAAGAAGGCCUUAUAGAUAGUGGUCGUUUUAACAAUGAUCUCAACCGGCAGCUGCUCAAUUUGGAGGGGCAGAUUAUUUCCAAAGGCUAUUUGGUAGAUAAACUCCGUAAAGCCAUAGAGGAUAGUUCAAAGGUUAUAGACCAAAUGAGGCAACUAGAAAAAGAUAUUUCGGAAUUGAAUAUCACUGUGCGAUAUGACCUUUUCAACGAAAAGGAUGUUUAUUUGAUUGCAAGAAAUGAAGCUGAUAAUGAAAUCAGAAAAGCAAGAGAUUCAGUUAAUGAGGCCAUUAAAAAAGUGACACAAUUACUAGAAAACAAUAUGCAAAUCGAUGACAAUGGAAUCAAAUAUGGGCAAAUUAAGCUCAAUAAUGUAACAUCAAAAAUAGGAGAAUUGCAAAAUAAAAUUUUAUAUGCCAGACAAGCGGCUGAAUCGGUGAAUGUUGCUAUGGGUCUCUCCAACUGCUCCAUGCUUUACUCGGUGCCCCAAACCGAAGUCUUUAGAAGUCUUGCCAUAACAUUUAAAUGCGCAAAUUGUCAGUUAUUCAAAUGGGACAAUGGAGGCAUGACCAUAAGCAUUAGAAAUGGUAGUGCCAUUUUGAACUUUACCAGCGAAGAUCAGGAAGAGAACAUUAUUACUGUGCUUAGAGAGGGAGGACUGAAGAUUGAAAAGACCCUAUUUGUUGAAAGGACUGGUUCCCUGCUUCAAAUGAAAUUCGACAACGACACUAUUUGGCAAAAAAAAGGAAUCGGUAGCAGAGUCCUGGUGGUAGAUCCAAGUGAUCGCUUUCAAGUGGGAGACGGGUUUCCCACUCAAAAUAAUGCCUACAUUUAUAAAUUUGCUAUAAAUGAUAAAAAUGUUGGCUUGUGGAAAUUCGCACAGACUUUCGGAAAAUGCAAAGGACAAGCCAGAGUUAACAGCAAAGAGCUGGAUGGGGCCAGACCGUUUUACUCUGGAAACGGUUACACUAAAUACGGAUUGGGUCCACUUACGCCUGCAAGAUUUGCCAUGCGAUUCUAUUUUUCCACGUUUGACGAAAAUAGUUUGAUUUAUUUAGCACAAGAAACUGAUAAUCCAUCAGCUUUUAUUGCACUAACUUUAGAAGAUGGUCGUAUUCGUCUAGACGUAUGUCACAAUAAUGGGAAAACUGUUGUGUUAAAAACAUUGGACAAAUUCAAUGAUGGCAGAACGUACUUUGCUGAAAUCGCUAUGGAAUAUGCAAGAAAAAUACAAUAUUAUACUUUGGACACUGACAAAAAUAAACAAUCGACUAGAGAGCAGUUGGACAAUAAAGCUGUGUUUAGAAUCAAAAAAGCCAAACAUUUUCUGGGAGGCAUAGCCCCUUCAUUGGACCGAAAUUUACUAAAUAUAAAAACCACAUCGUUCCUUGGAUUCCUGAGUCACCAAGCCCAGCUUAGCAAUGAAUUGAUUGCAUCGGGAGUAACUCCAAAAACUGGAGAGCUUGAAUUGGAUAAAGCAUGGUUUAACGGUAACGGAUCCCUACAAGUCUCAAUGCCACUUUCACGAAUGAAGACGGGGCAAAAAUUGGAUGCAAUUUCUUUUAUUUUGAGACCAUUAAACGCCAACGCUGCAGUUCUGGAUAUUCAUGGUUUUGGAACGCUCACUCUAUCCAAUCGUCUUCUUCAAAUCAACCUAAUCAACGGUGAACAUUAUCUGGCAGAUAAAAGAAUGGCCCUCAACAUCAACGACUAUAAUGUUGUAUCUUUGACGUUUAAAACUGAUCUUAUUAGCCUAUCGGUUAAUGAAGAAGACGAAAUCAUUUACAGAAAACAGACUGGCAGUAUUUUCAAGGAGAAUUUGGUCGAUAUCGUUAUAGGGAGCAUCGACGGAUUUGAUUCGUUUUAUGGAGGCAUUAGCGAUAUUAGUUUAAACAAUGAAAAACUCUUAUUUAACUUCAACACGGUCAAAGAAUUUUCCAAUGUAGAAAUAGGACGCGAAAAUCCUCUCGUCAGGCCCUCAAUAACUCUAAAAUCUUACAAUCCAAUUUUUAUCAACAUGACCAAUACAAUGCAGAACACUCAAGGAUGUUCCACUACAGCCAACUAUAUAACAGAUCCCACAGCGGUGAACUUUGGAGAUCAGCCUGAUAGUUUUAUCAAAAUCCAAACGUCAUUUUGGAAAAAAGACUUCAAGUUUGAAUUUGAUUUUAGGACUUUGUACCCGAAUGGAAUGCUUUUCAUUUCUGUUGGAAGCUCCUCAAUUCCACCCUAUACCUAUUUGGAAAUAAAAGAUGGUAAGCUGACUUACCAUGUUAAAAACAAACGAAAAAUACCUAAGAAGUGGCCAUUGAUGUUUACAAAGAAAGUAAACGAUGGGCAAUGGCAUAGCAUAAGGAUAGUGAAAAAAAAUGGCAAAAAACUGAUAAUGUCGUUGGAUAAUGAGACAAAAAAACCUGUCAGAUUGCCCAAAAUCGGCCUUAAGGAAGAAAUUUAUUUUGGAAGUGUUCCUAAAGAUUAUGUCACUUCUAAAGAAUUGAACGAUAGACUUCAGCCGUUCAGAGGUUGCAUCAAUAAUUUACAAAUAAACGAAGACUCUAAACUUCUAGGAAAAAAUACAAAUGAUGUGUCCUAUAGCAAUAUUAGGCAG